UGGGAAAGGCACAGUUCGUAAACAGUCCUAGCAGCUGCUAGUGAGGUUUCGGGUGAUCAAUUUGCGCGCCCAAUAGGUUCGUGGAACGGCAAACAGUGUUGUGAGCAAGCAGCAAGUGAAAAAUCGAAAGCAUUGGUUGCAUCAUCAUGCGAGCCUUCGUGUUAGGUUCAGUGUUGCUGUUGGCUUCGGCCUCAUCGGGAUCGUACUUGGGUCAUGAAGUGUCUUCGCAGUAUCAAGCUCAUGAUGGUAUCGGUGGAUACUCGUACGGCUAUGCUGAUCCAAACUCGCAAAAGCAUGAAACCAAGGAUGCGCAUGGAAUAACACAUGGAGGAUAUUCGUACGUCGAUGGUGACGGCCAUGUGCAGACCGUCAAAUACACUGCUGAUCCGAUCCACGGAUUCCAAGUUGCUGGUACCAAUCUGCCAAAAGGUUCAGCUCCAGGACCCUACGCCAAUCCUUGGAUCCAUUCGUACGCUCCAGUAGCUUUGGGACAUAAUGGCGUUCCACUGGAAACGCCGGAAGUUCAGGCUGCCAAGGCAGCUCACUUCGCUGCCCAUGCUGAGGCAAGAGCUAGACUGCACAAGCGAUCGGUCUACUCUAACUCCUGGAAAUUCGCCCCUGCUCUCGCCCCGCAGAUCAAGCCGAACCACUACGCCAAUGCACCAGCACCCCACUACGAUCAGCAUUAUGAUGCACCUGUUCAGAAAUGGCAUGGACCCAUCCACAUCCCGCAGAUUCACAACGGAGUUCCUGUAGAAACCCCAGAGGUUCAACACGCCAAGGCCUUCCACGCUGCUGCUCAUGCUCAAGGAUAUGCUCCACCCAACGAACACUACCCAGGGACUCCGGCCGCCCAUGAGGAUCAAGGAAAGUACGGCCCGUGGCAGGGACCCCAACACGUCCCGGUCAUCCAUGGUGGAGUGCCAGUGGAAACCCCGGAGGUCCAGCAUGCCAAGGAAGCUCAUCUGAAUGCGUUGGCCAGUGCCCAUGCUGCCGCAUCGCACGGACCUGAGGAUGAUGGUUCCUACAAGCCGGAGCUGUGGGACGAACGCAACUACCAGCAGGAACAACAACAACAACAACACUACCAGCAAGGUCACCGUUAUCAGUAGCACUGAAUUUUCCGACAAAGGCACGAAGAGUUACGCCAUCAUGAUGCCAAAAGUACCACCUAACUAGCCAGAACGGAUUUCAUUUGUUUACCCCCCCAUUUGAGUGCCAAAUUUGAAGAUUGCUUCCGCCGGCAUUGGAAGGGCUUCGAUGGUUUGGCGGAAGUAGCUUCAAUGCUCUCUCUCACUCACUUUCGCGCACUGUUGUAAUGUUGAUAUGUAUGUUAUGUAGUGUUCAACACGCUGUUUGAAUGCAUGUAUGAAGAGAUUUAGUAUGUUAAAAUGCAAAACAUUGAUGAAAAUUAA